AAAAUUGUGGGAAAAGCUUUGGCGCUGAAGCAGCAUCAUGCUCCUUUACGCUUCAGCGUUGGCAAGCAUGUGGAAAAAGAGGGAGAGAAAAUACCGACUUUCCUUGGAGCUACUGAUAUGAGGAGUAAAUGCCAGCAUGACUAGGGUUUGAGGAAGUGCUUCUGUGUUCCUACCAAGGGUUUGUGGGUCCAGAGGAGGGCUGCAAGGACAGCAGGGACAUUUUGAGCUACCAUGGAUAUCCCCACCGAUUUGGUGCCGUCCUCCAUGAUGUCCCAACCUGAGGUGAUUGAGUCCACAGCCAUGAGUGAACCACAGUGCUACUACAAUGAAACCAUUGCCUUCUUUUAUAACCGAAGCGGAAAAUAUCUAGCCACUGAAUGGAACACUGUCAGCAAGCUUGUAAUGGGACUGGGGAUUACCGUCUGCAUCUUCAUAAUGCUGGCUAACCUCUUGGUUAUGGUGGCUAUUUAUGUCAACCGCCGAUUCCACUUUCCUAUUUAUUACUUAAUGGCCAACUUAGCCGCUGCAGACUUUUUUGCUGGGCUGGCCUACUUUUACUUAAUGUUCAACACAGGACCCAACACUAGAAGAUUGACUGUAAGCACCUGGCUUCUUCGUCAGGGUCUCAUUGACACUAGCCUGACAGCUUCUGUAGCCAAUUUGUUGGCCAUUGCUAUUGAGCGGCACAUUACUGUUUUCCGAAUGCAGCUACAUACUCGGAUGAGCAACCGGAGAGUGGUGGUCGUAAUUGUUGUUAUCUGGACUAUGGCCAUCGUCAUGGGCGCCAUACCAAGUGUCGGAUGGAACUGUAUUUGUGAUAUCACUCACUGCUCCAACAUGGCACCGCUCUAUAGUGACUCCUACCUGGUCUUCUGGGCUAUUUUCAACCUGGUCACUUUUGUGGUUAUGGUGGUCCUAUAUGCUCAUAUCUUUGGGUACGUCCGCCAAAGGACUAUGAGAAUGUCCAGACACAGUUCUGGACCCCGCAGGAAUCGGGACACCAUGAUGAGCCUCCUGAAGACUGUGGUCAUUGUGCUUGGUGCGUUCAUAAUCUGCUGGACCCCAGGAUUAGUCUUGCUGCUCCUCGAUGUUUGCUGUCCCCAGUGCAACGUCCUGGCCUAUGAAAAAUUUUUCCUGCUCCUGGCGGAGUUCAACUCCGCCAUGAACCCCAUCAUCUACUCAUACCGGGACAAGGAGAUGAGUGCGACCUUCAAGCAGAUCCUCUGCUGCCAGCGCAGUGAGAGUGCCAACGGCCCCACCGAAGGCUCAGACCGGUCAGCGUCCUCGCUCAACCACACCAUCUUGGCUGGCGUCCACAGCAAUGACCACUCAGUGGUGUAAAAUCACAGCCAGCUGUGCGGCCGAUGAAAAGCAGCGGGCUAUGCUGUGGAGCGGGGUGGGAGCACGGCCCCAGGGAAGGUAACCCACUCACAAGGUUUUCUUAAACACUAAUGGACUACAAGUGCUUCUUUUCCAGGGAGCCCAACACACCGACGCGGUCCACCUCAUCUGCAGGACUGGCUGUGCUGCAAGGCCUUUGAUUUCUACUUUCAGAAAGUAGAAGGCAGAUGCCUUGUGGCAGAGGUCAUCGAUAGCCCAUGGAAAGCCUCACUGAGACUUCGUCGGACUUCGCUGCAUCUUGGUGCCAGUCUGAAUCAACUCUGAUUAAUUAAGCUUAUACCUGCUUCACUGCAUUUACAUGUAGCCACUUAGUAUUUUUAAAAAGGGAGUAAAGGGGAUAAAGUAUGCCUUUCAUUUAAUAGACAUGUAAUAUUUAUCACCAUCAGCAUGCUUGUGAUGAACAUUUUCUGUGCAGGGAGUAAAACUGUGCCCUAGUUUUCAUAUCUUUAGCCACACUGCCAUAACUACAGUAAAAACAAAAGUAUUUUUUUCUAAUACAGACAACAGGAAGAUUAUGGAAACAGACUCUACAUACCUUCAUUACUGGUGUUAGAAAGCAUGCAUGUUCUGUGUGUAUGCAGAUUGUUUUAAUUAUGAAAAAAAAAAAGCUCAUUGUAAAGUCUGCAGGAAAGUAGAAAAGCGUAGACUGUAUUCCAGUGUUUGUUUAGAUUAUGAAAUAAACAGUACUCUAGUCACAAGGUAUUUAACGUUCUUCUUUGAAGUACGAUAUGAAAUGUGUAACAUAUGAAGGGUCCCAAGUUUUUCAUGGGCAAGUUCUUAAAGUAGGGCACAUCCCUAAGGCUCUUAAAGGGCUACGGUCAGGAUAGUGGACUUAAAAGAAAUAUUUAUAGCAUUGGAAUGCUUUUCUUGUUCAUGGCAGAAAGAAAAAGGUGUUUUUAACAUUAAAAAAAUAUAUGCAUUUUUAUGGAACCUGUCUUGUAACUGAAAACAAAAUACCCUCUGCAUUUUCACACUGAGAAAUAGUUUUAGGGUAUCUUUUAAAUUAUAUACCCUUCAUUUCAAAAGCAGUGGGCUAGUAAAAGCCAAGGUACAAUUUUAUUUUCUCAAGUCAAGACAACAUAUGUAGUAGUCUAUUGUAAAUGACUGAUUUGUGCUACAUGUAAAAGCUGCACAUGCACAUUGAUAUGAAUAGCUAAGCUAACAGAUGGAUUUUUUCAUAUAUGGCUGUUUCGAAGAGAAAUGCCACUCGUGAGUCUCUGUUACCAAGAAUCAGUGACAUUAAUCAAAACUCCUUGACAGGGGUAAAUGUGAGCAAAGAUAGGAUCUUGCUGAUAGAAAACUUGGGACCUUUCUUUGGGAAACUGUGUGUUCUCCUAACAAUGUAAAAUAUAUCAACAGCAAAUUCCUGGGGCCAUAUUCCUCAUUGUAAUUUGCCUCUAUAACAAAACAAACAACAAAACAAAAGGAAAAAAAAAACCCAACCAAAAAAAAUCAGAGGUGUAUCCAUCAAUAUAACAUACUGGAAUGUAACGUAAGGGACAAUAUUAUCCCAUUUGGGUAGGGAAGAAACGAAGGGGAGACAGCCCAGAAAAAAGCAGAGUUUUUAGCAUCUCUUGCUGGGAAGAGGUGCUUGGAUUUUAUGCUUCCAAGCACAAAUUUGCUUGGAAAAGGCAGUUCCUUGCUGAGAGAGGGAAGAGCAGCAAGUGAGCAAAACCUGUCCCCACUGAAUAAAGUGAGAGUUUUGCCACUGCUUUCAGUAAAACUGAAAUUCACCUGUACUGUCAAGCCAAAUUUGUGUGGACACUGUGGAAGAUGAAGUGGGCAGAGGAGAAAAACACAGCGUUAUCUUCCAGUUGACCAACAUAUUGAAUGUCACACUUGCUUUGGACAAAACAGCUCUUUUUUCUGACUGUGUUUGUGAGCAAGUGAAUGCAGAGGUUGAUUUGGUGUUUUAUCCACAUAACUGUACUGAGAAAGAGAAGACCAGGCUGUGUGAACUUUGUCAUUAAAAGCAUCUGCUUGCUAAGCCAUUCAUAAAUUUUUCUUAGAGCCUGCAUGAUGUUUGAGCUAGCGCAGGUAAGCAGAAGAAAGGAGAGGACAAGAGUGCCUCCAAAAACAGGAGACAUCUGACUGAAAAACAAUUUUCUCAAGAGUGCUCAGAGUUGCUUUCUUCCCUGGAUUCAGGUAGAGCACUUUUUCAUGUCCCCAACUUCCCCACAAAAGAAGUACAUUAUAAACACUUUAUUUUUUGGGGGGGUUGCCCUUUCCAAGUGUCCUUUUUACUGCUGUUUCCAUGCUCUUAAUUGAAUCUCUCCUGGAUAGCAUGGGAGGAUGAUGCUAAGAAAUAGCAGGAAAUCAUUCACCCCAGUUUACUGUGCUGAAAGUGCAAUGGUUUUGGAGAAGCUGCAGGUGAAUAAUUUUCAACCAGUGGUGCAAUCGUUCAUGACAUGCAGGUGGCUCCAGAGGUCCUGUGUGAAGACAGAAGCCCAAGGAGGCUGUUCUUUUCUCAUUGCAUUUGUGACAGGUGGCAGUUGCUGCCCAGGUACAUUGAUCAGCCUUUCUCCAAGGAGGCAUUUGACAAUUCAAGAAGCUGGACCUUUUGAACCCCUAACAGCAGUUAAAUUUCAGUCAUGGGGGAGAUUAAUCUGGGAGCACUUCUGGCAGCAGGUGGCUUUUUAUUCUAAAAGGUGAAGUGCAAUGCUUUAGAUCAAAGGGAACAGGAUGAAAACAUUGCUUGUACAAUUCCACUAGAGGAACUCACUGAGCAUGUGGCUGCUGUUUAAAAAUUUAAUUAGUGUUUUGCUUUGUUGAUGUGAUCUCCCUAUAUCCUUGAGAAAUCUGAUCUGUGGAUUGAGUGUUUCUUUGCUAGGUAAUGAAAUUAAAGCUGCUGUGAGCAAAGAGAAUAAAAACAAGAGCUUGGA